GGCUCUUGACCUUGCGAUGAACGCGUCCCUGGUUGCCAUCCGGGCUAUUGUGGCGGAUUGUGCUCCGCCCCAGCAACAGCCGGAGGCGAACACCGUGAUUAUUAUCAGCUACGGCGCCGGCACUUUCCUGGGUUAUGGCUUCGGUGCUGUUGACGCGGCUGCGUUGCUAGGCUUCCCUCCAGGGGCCUUUUGGAAAUCUUGCGUAGAUUUCUGGGUGGCGGCGCUUGUUCUGCUCGCGGCGUCGGCGGUGACUACCAGGGAGGCGUUCCGGAUGGAGCGGCCGCGAGCUCUCGCUACAAAGCGAGGCGGAUCUCCGCCGUACACCGUUAUCGAGGGAGGGGGCAACGGAGAGUGGCAGGAGCGGCAGCGUCCGCAGCUGCUGCAACAUUUCCAACUAGGAGGGCCCCAUGAUGCUGCUGUGUCGAGGUCCACUGGCGACACAGCCGUUGUCACCAAUACCGCCAGCAUUGUAGUUAACGGCGGAGAGAGUGCGGAUGUUUGCACAGUUGAUCGUGGGCAAGAAGAGGGGGAUGUUGGGCCCCGAAGUCACUUGGAAGAGGAGAUUCCGAAGCAGAUGGCAACGAACGAGCGGGAGUCGAACAACAGCGACUUGAAGGCUUUUGGAGGCGUUCGCGGGGGUCAACCUGCGCCUUUGAGGGGCGAAGUCGGGAAGAUAAGCGCUACUGUAGACGUCGACGGCACCGGGAGCUUGGAGGAAGAGUCAUGGGGGGGAGGCUCGGCGGAAAUGGCGGCGGUGUUGCCACCAUCUCGCACCUCCUUCAAGGGAAAGCUGCUGGAUAUGGCACUCUUCUACUCCGUCCCGCCCUGGUUGCUGCCGGUGUGCCUGCUGCUGUUCUUUUCCUGGGUUGGCUGGUUCGCCAUCUUCAUUUUUGGCAGCGAUUGGGUUGGAGUCGACAUAUUCGGCGGAGACCCUUCGGCCGCGAAAGGGGAAGAAGGCCACCAGGCUUACGAGGACGGCGUGUCGUGGGCAUCUGUGGGGCUGGCGGCACAGGCGGUCGUGAUUACCGGCAUGGGCUGUGGACCGGUGACCCUCCUAGUUCGGUCAGCGGGGCUCAGGGGCGCCUUCCUGACAGCGGUCGUUUUCCAAGCGACCUGUCUCCUGAUCGCGGCGUUCCUCAGACCGGGCCCGGCCGCGCCGGCCCUGUCGCUCGUGCUCUUGGCAGCUCUAGGGGUGCCGCUGGCCUUGGCGGAAAGCCUCCCGUACAUGAUGGUGGGCAUGUUCAGCCCGCGGGAAACGCACGGGCAGUUGUUGGGAAAACUUAACGUAUGGAUAGUCCUGGCUCAGCUGGCGUUGACGCUGUGCGUCCACCCCAUCGUCAAGCAUUCCGAAGACGGGGAUGCCUCGGUGCUACUGGCGGGUGCGAUUGCGGCAGCGGUCGGUGUCGCAUUCGGUGCGUUCAUUUUACAGUAA